AGAAAUCUCUCCGAGUUGACUCUUUGCUGGUUGUCACACUUUUCCUGACACCCGCGAGUGGAGGAGCGCUGUCGUUCUUGCUGCUUUCUUCACUUUUACCGUGUUUUUUGUUGUUGUUGUUGUUGUCCUCACCAAGUGGACCGAACUAAAGCAAACAUGUGGACUUCACGUCCACCCAAAGAGCAGGCGCGCCCUUCUCCGGGCUGCCGCGGCUGCUGAGCAUGCUGGCCAAGGCUCCGCCUUCGACCAGCAGACUCAAUCUGGUGAACGCCGAAAGUUCGGACGCAGCGGUGACUGACGGAAUCGAGAUGGCCGACUUAGUGGAGAGCUUGGAUGCCCGGGAGUUAGACAUCGAUGAUGGGGAGGAGGUGGACUACGAGGGAAACUGCCUGGAGGACUGCCGCAUCGCGUUCUCGGCCGUGUACGCCACGGUGGGCUUCAAAGAGGCCAACGCCAAGGUCUUCCUUCCCACGGUGCCCAUCACCGCCCGCAUCCUGGAGGUGGAACGCUUCACGUCGGCGCAGGAUCGCUUCAACCUGUCGCAGCACAGGAGCGUCAAUAAGUCUCUGCCCGCCGUGUUCAAGAUCGAGAUGAAGCACGGCGAGUUCACGUGGGUGGUGAAGAGGAAGGAGAAGCACUUUAUGGAGCUGCACCGAGAGCUGAGGACGUACAAAACCUUCAUGAGGAUACCGCUGCCGUCGCGCAGCCACACGGUGAAAAGGAGGACGGUGAGGAAGAGCGAGGUGAGGGAGAUGCCCUCGCUGCCCAGGGGCGGAGGAGACGAGCUGGUGCGAGACGAGCAGGUGUCCAGCAGGCGGAGACAAUUGGAGGACUAUUUGAACAAGCUGCUGAAGAUGGCUUUGUAUCGCAAAUAUCACCACACUAUGGAGUUCAUUGACGUCAGCCAGCUGUCUUUCAUUCACGACCUGGGCCCCAAAGGACUGGAAGGGAUGAUACACAAGCGCUCCGGGGGCCAUCGUAUCCCUGGCAUGAACUGCUGUGGUCACACACAAGCCUGCUACCGCUGGUCCAAACGGUGGCUGGUGGUGAAGGACUCGUUCCUGCUGUACAUGAAGCCCGACUCGGGGGCCAUCUCCUUUGUGCUGCUGGUGGACAAAGAGUUCAGCAUCAAGAUGGACUCCAAAGACACCGAGACUAAGCACGGGGUCAGGAUUGACAGUCUUUCCAGGACGCUGGUGUUCAAAUGCAGCAGCUACCGACACGCGCGCUGGUGGGGUCAGAGCAUCGAGAGCUUCGUCAGGAAUCAUGGCAAGGCCUUCCUGCGGGCUCACCGCUUCGGCUCCUUUGCGCAGGAACAGGAAAACAUUCCUGCCAAAUGGUACGUGAACGGAAAGACUUACAUGGAGGACGUGGCUGAUGCGUUGGAAGAGGCCAGAGAGGAAAUCUUCAUUACCGACUGGUGGCUGAGUCCAGAGAUCUUCCUGAAGAGACCUGUGGUGGAGGGAAACCGCUGGAGGCUGGACUGCAUCCUCAGGCGUAAAGCUCAACAAGGAGUGUGUGUCUUUGUGAUGCUGUACAAGGAAGUGGAGCUGGCAUUGGGCAUUAACUCAGGCUACAGCAAGAGAACCCUCAUGCACCUACACCCCAACAUCAAGGUGAUGCGCCACCCGGAUCACGUGUCCUCCUCCGUCUACCUGUGGGCGCAUCACGAGAAGAUCGUCGUCAUCGACCAAUCGGUGGCCUUCGUGGGCGGGAUCGACCUGGCGUACGGUCGUUGGGACGACAGGGAACACCGGCUGACGGACGUCGGCAGCGUGACGCGCUCCGUGGCGCUCGAACAGGGUCACAACGUGGCCAUCAUACAACCUUUAUCAGCUGUACAGGCCGCUUCUGCCAACGCUCCGUCCAGCAAGGCGGCGCCCCCUGUCGACGGCGUGUCGCACAGCAACGGACGCGGGACGCCCACCGGAGACCCCGUGGACCUGCCCAAGCUGAAGGGCGUCGGCCGCAGCCGGCGCGCUCGCUUCAGCUUGUACCGACACCUGCAGAAGCACACCAUGCAGCACGCAGACAGCGUCAGCAGCGUGGACAGCUCGGGGAGUGGCUCGGUGCGAAGCCUCAAAACGGGUGUGGGAGAGUUGCAGGGAAACACUCGCUUCUGGCAUGGAAAAGACUACUGCAACUUUGUCUACAGGGACUGGAUUCAGCUGGAAAAACCUUUUGACGACUUCAUCGACAGGUACACAACUCCCAGAAUGCCGUGGCAUGACAUCGCCUCGGUGGUGCACGGCAGAGCUGCUCGUGACGUGGCGCGCCACUUCAUUCAGCGUUGGAACUUCACCAAGAUCAUGAAGCCAAAGUACCGUUCUCUGUCUUAUCCAUUCCUGCUGCCAAAGUCUCACUCUGGCGCCACUGAGCUCAGAUACCAAGUGCCCGACUGUGUGCAUGCUAAAGUGCAGGUUUUGCGGUCAUCGGCCGAUUGGUCGGCCGGCAUAAAGUACCACGAGGAGUCCAUCCACAACGCAUACAUCCAAGUCAUAGCCAAGAGCAAACACUACAUCUACAUUGAGAACCAGUUCUUCAUCAGCUGUGCUGACAACCGGAUGGUGUACAACAAGAUCGGAGACGCCAUCAUCGAGAGGAUCCUCAGAGCGCACAAGGAGGGCAGGAAGUAUCGCGUGUACGUGGUGACCCCCCUGCUCCCCGGCUUCGAGGGGGACAUCACCACCGGCGGGGGAAACGCCAUCCAGGCCGUCAUGCACUUCAAUUACAGAACUAUGAUCCGUGGGGACUACUCCAUCAUUUCCCAGCUGAAGAUGGAGAGUAAGUACGGGAUCACGUGUUUCUUCAAAGCUGAAUACCCCCCCGAAAAUAGAACAAAACUCGGAGUUGAAACUCUUGUCGCGUCCGCAAAUCUUGCAGGGCUUUGGCACAUGGACGACCAUUGGAUGAACUACAUCUCCUUCGCCGGCCUGCGGACGCACGCCGAGCUGGAAGGCCGCCUGGUGACGGAGCUCAUCUACGUGCACAGCAAGAUGCUCAUCGCUGACGACAAUACCGUCAUCAUCGGCUCGGCCAACAUCAACGACAGGAGCAUGCUGGGUAAGCGCGACAGCGAGGUGGCGGUCAUCGUGGAGGACGUGGAAAAGGUGGCUUCGGUGAUGGACGGACGCGAGUUCGAGGCCGGCCCGUAUGCGCUUGGGCUGCGUCUGGAGUGCUUUAGGACGAUCCUCGGCGGGCACAGCGACGCCGCCAUCGAUCUCUCUGACCCCAUCAGCGACCGCUUCUAUAAGGAGGUGUGGAUGACAACGGCCGGCCGCAACGCCACCAUUUACGAGAAGGUGUUCCGCUGCCUUCCCUCCUCGCUGGUGCGCAACAUGUCCGAGCUGGAGCGAUACCAGUCGAAGCCCGGCCUGGCCCAGACCGACCUGAGCCGCGCUCGGGAGGAGCUGCGCAAGAUCCGCGGCUUCCUGGUGCAGUUUCCUCUCGACUUCCUGUCGGAGCACAACCUCAUGCCCUCGGUCGGGACCAAGGAAGCCAUGGUGCCCACCGAGAUAUGGACGUAGGACUUUUAAAAGCCGGAUACUGGGACACUAUCUAGCGUUUACAGCGUUAUUAAAGUGGAACAAAUGGGACGGCACUUCCUGAGAAGCAAUGUUUCAACAGAGGGACCAGCUCGUAUUUUAAAUGCAACCCGUAUUACGCUGAGAUGGCAAUGCAUGCGUAAGCGCAUCGUGUGCAUUAGGUUGCGUAUGUGCUUCUUGGAAACAGAUACCCUAAUAUACACCAUGGGUGGGAACCAUGAGGCUGUGAUGGUUUCGCAUUGCACAUCUGUCUUAUGUAUGUGGCUAAAAUUUGCUAGCAGAAUCUCUAGAAUUAGUUGUGCUUUUGAAGGAGCCAUGGAAAUGGCCAAAAUGACCCUAAAUUAGCCGCUUGGAACCAAAAUGGCAAACUUCCUGUGUCUUUUCCGCCGCGGGAUUUUGAGAUUUUUUUGCGGGUUUACUCAUGGUAGACAUGCCUACGCAAUUCCUUGUUGCAAAGUGAACCUGGCUGUGAGACGUUCUGCAGUUAUUAAUUUCUUGUUUUAUGGCGAGUCAUCAAACUUCAGGCCUUGUUCCGCCCACAUGCAAUGACGAAAUCUCAAAAUGUUCGCAAUGUGGCGUCGCCCAACUUUGUCCUCGACAACGUUCAAAUGUGGUAGCGAUCAGAAAAGAAAAUAUCACGCGGGCAAGGUUGUUACUUUUGAAGGAGCCCUGAAAAUGGUGACAAUGAGCCUGAAAUGGACACUCUGAACCAAAAUGGCGGACUCCCUUUGUCUUUUCAGGCAUGGCUUCUUGAGACUUUUUUGUAGGUGUACUCGUGACAGACAUGCUUACCAAAUUUCAUGUUGCCAAAUGAAUCGGGCGUUUGGGGCUGAAUUCUCAAAAACGUUCAAGGGGUCAAGCCCUUCAAAAACAACAACCACAUUUGAGCACAUAACUGUUAUUUGAGCCACUAUAAUAGAAAGGUUUUAUGUACUGUAUCCUAAUGUAUGACGUCAUAGCUGCUACGUCAUCCUGCUGAAAGCGCGGUAACAUCCCAGUCAGGAGAGACAAUCUUUCCGCGUGUAAUUCCAUGUUUUGCUCUGCAGGUGGUGCUGGUUUCUUACAAGUCCAGAUUGUGCACUUGUUUGUUUUUUGUCCAAAACUCCCCUUCGGAAUUUUUAUUUCAUAUUCUAAGAAAAUGCCCCCUUUUAAUUGACCCAUUUCAUUGUUAUAUAUAUUUGUAUUAAUGCUGUGGAAGGCAAUUUUGUACUGAAACGUAACAUUUCAUACCAGAGCGAUCAGCCAUUUUCCAAUGUGAAUGUCAAGAACCACUCUUGUUAUUUUCCAAUAUUAGCAGCUAGAACUUAAAUGUAUAAAUAUAUACGGUAUACGUCUGCUUUGAAGAUGCUGGAAGUUCAUUAUUCACACAGGUAACAAUAAUUUACACUCGUAAUUUCUUGACUGGGACCAUCGACUUUAGAGUUUUCCAAUCUUUAGUUUUGCAUUGUACAGUUUUACCCGUACUGUAGUCUGAACUGUAUUUACAUAUGACGGUAAUAAUCCUUAUUUACGGCGAGUCACCUGCUUGGGAUAAAUUUAAAUUUAUAUGAUGUAACAACCACAACUGUGUCUAACUUGAGUCUUUCUUCCGCUCUUAAUGGUUUGUACAGUCCCAUAUCUAAUCUGUUCAAUUCACUGUACUAACUUUAACCGGAUGACCAAUAAACAUAAUCACUUGUUCACA